CGCAACGCCAACGGCGGCGGAGUCAUCGUGCAAGAUGGUGCGGGAAGUGCAGAAAAAACGAUCUGACGAGGUAAUCGCUCGACGAACGGCCACGUUGCAAGCAAGCACACAAUCAGGCAGGGCGGCAUCGUCGCGGUCGCAGCUCGCCGCAGCUUCGGCGAAGCGAAAACAAAUCCAAACGGCGGCACUGCAAUCACCGCUAAAGAGACACAAGCCCUUGUCGAGUUUAAGGCUUGCACCGACUGCGGAAUGUGUCCGAUGCCAUGCGCGAAGUGACAUGAGCCGCAUCAAAUGCAUCUUUUGCAAUGCUUCCGUCCAUCUUGCGUGCACGACGCCUGUCGCGCGUGUACUCGGUUCGCCUGGCUUUCCCGAAAAUGCUGCGUACUGUUCGCUCCAGUGCUACACCGACGACACCGGGAACCCAAUUCCAACUUCUGGGCCAAAUGUACGCACAUAUCUUCCCUUUUUGCUCAUACAUGAGUAGGAAGUCCACAUGUCCACAUUGAAACCCGCUCCUGCGCUUCCUUUGCCAGCACCAUCGCCCCCUCCAUUCGCUCCACCUGCUCCCACACCCAAAUUUCAGCGUCGCGCAAGACCCGGUGACUUCGUCGAAGGCGAAGCGAUUACCUCUGCCAUUCUCAAGCACUCUGGCGUGAAAGCACCUCGCCCAGUUGAGAUUCCUCCAAGGUCGUUCUCGUCGCACCAAGCUCCUUCGCCAGAGCGCAAGACACUACAGUUUGAAUCUACCUCCCCCGUCGCUGAUCUGCAUAAGCCACCGUCGUCUGCGCACUUCCACAGCGCUCGCUCUGCCGAGAUUGAACCUGAGCGUGUGCGCUACGUGAACGCUCCAACGAAAGACACAAGUCCUAAUAUCGAGGACGAUGUCCGGUACCACGACUACUUCAACCCCCCACGUUUUCUUCCGCAAACACGGGCCCAGCCACCUCGAGCAAGCACGUCCGCGUCGCCAUGGCCGAAAUGGACCAUUCUUGGAGGCGUGGCGUUCGUGCUGGUGGGUGUUGCGGCAGCGUAUGUCUCUGUGUUUCUCGAGUCGAUUCCGUUUUGCGACUCGAACGCGACCACGUCAGGGGCGACGGCCACCGCGUUUUGCCAUCCGUGCCCGGAAUACGGCAUUUGCUUUUCGGGUGAUUUGCACAGCUGCAGAGACCCGUACUUGCGCGUCGAGCGGGCGUGCUUGGAGCCAUCCACGGUGUCGAGAGAUGCCGAUCUCAUGACACAGCUCCUCCCGCGGUUCCUCGUCAAGCGCGCAACGUCGACACUGUGCAACGCGACGGUGAUCGCAACGCUGCUCUCGAACGAAUCGUCCAAGCCGUCGCAAGUUGUCACAAAUGCGCUGGACCUGCGCAAUUACUUGCUCCACCAAGCCAUGUGGGACGAAGUCGACGCGGCCGUGUUCAACGUCACGUUCAACAAGGCGAUGCGCCAGCUGAAAGAACUCCACCCAGAGUUCUACUACACGGCGGAUGGCGACGUCGUCCUCCAUCGCGACGACGUUGAGAUGUGGUGUGCGUUGCAGCUGCAUCUUUGCGACCAUGUCGAAGUCUACGCCGCCGUUCUCGUCGUCGUUCUGACAAUUUUGGUGACUGGUACAUGGCAGCGCCGCCGUCGCGCGACAGAGUCCCAGAUAAAGCGACUGGUGCACGCCGUGCACGUGGCGCUCAAGCAGCCGUCAAACGAUCUGGUCGAUGGCGCCGUCGCUCAUUUGCGUCACACGUUGUGGGGCGGCAAAGCCGACCAUACGUGGCAGCGCGUGGUGCAAGCAAUUCACGACGACGCGCGCAUUCGUGAGCGUUAUAUUCUGCAUCGCGGCCAGCAAGUGCUCAUCUGGGAAUGGAUUGGGACGAGGCGAGACGAUCGCAACAUCUUGCGGGGGCAACCCGUCGAACUCGUUGAUUGAGAGACGUGGAUGCAGUCGCGCUAUGUUUAGACGGUGGUAGUCGACAUAUCGUUCGUCAACAUGGACUCGAACUUCGUUGUGGCGGUGUCCAUGCUUGGAAUUGGCAUCGAGUUCACGCAGGAUGGUCCGAUGAUGAGGAGAGUGGAUACAUUGCUUACAAGACAGACUUGAUGGCGUCGACAACGACGUCGACGUCGUGGGAUGUCGUGCGCCAGUUCGAGAACGCCGCCCGCACACCCCAUU